UGGUGAAAAUUUCUGAUCUUCAAUCUGGGCAGAUUUUUUGUCAAUAGUUGAUUUAAGGGUGAACAUGAUUUUUAAACGGCUAAUGAUAUCGGCAGCGAGAAGAAGUUUUUCGUCCGGUGUAAGCUACGUUCAAGGCCAAUCGCCAGCACCAAAACUACGCGAAUAUUUCUACUACAUCGAUCAUGAAGGAAUGCUCUUCUUGGAUGAUGCCCGAAUCAAAAACUUCACAUCCUGCUUCAAGGAGAAGAAAUUCCUGGAAUUUUUCUUCAAGCGACUGCGCCUGAACGAUGGCGACCGCUACCGAGAGCACUUUCCCUUCGUAUCGCCCUGCGGUCGCGAACGGAACUACAUCCGCUGCGAUGACGUUCCCGUUGUGUUCACCCACGUUUUUCGGGAUGCGGAAGGCAUAGAACGGCUGGCGUUCGCCCACGCGGGAGAUCUACUGAACGUACCAUGGGAGCCCAACCGGAUCUGUAUGUUUCCGCUCAGUGGACGCGUGUACCAUCCGGCACCGGAACGUUACGGCUCGGUGGGUUUGAUCCGUUCCAAAUUGGCCAUCGAGCUGAGCAGGCAUUUUACCUUCCUCAAUGGUGAAGAACAACCGCCAACGCAUUUCACGUGGGAUUCGAUAAAGCACAAACUGGAUAGCGAAUGGUGGAAAAGUACCUACAUCAACCAACGGGGUGAAUCGUUAGAGUAACACACAAACAGGGAU